AGACAUUGACAGUUUAUCGCAAAAAUAGGGUGUUUGUAAACAUUCUAUAAAUUUGAAUAAACUACAAAUAUAUUAAAUACUAAUGACUUCGAUGGAUGAGACCAAACAAUUUGCUGUAAGCUGGAGUAACCAUAUGAACCAUGUAAAACAAGCUUUUGACAAUUUACUAAAUAAUAGUGAUCUCACAGAUGUUACAUUAUAUGUUGAAGGUACUAAAAUAGGCGCCCAUAAAAUGUUACUUUCAGCAUGCAGUAAUUAUUUUAACUGUCUAUUCAGAGAUUUUCCACAAGAGCACCCUAUUGUCGUACUUAAAGGAGUUAAAUAUGUCGUUUUAAAAGAUAUUCUGAAGUUCAUUUACAGUGGAGAAGUUAGUGUAGACAGUAGUCAUUUUGAUAAUUUCCUACAGACUGCGGAAUUUUUAGAAAUAAGUGGAUUAACAGGUUCACAACAUAACAAUGAUCAUGAAUCAGAUUUGACCAAUGGCGCUCCUACAAAAACGACCAAAACAAUUACACAAAAAAAAAGAAAAGAUAAAAUAGAUGCCCAGGAACAAGUUUUUAACAAUGAUAGUAUUGACUGGGAUACUAAAAUAUCAAGUCCAAUUUUCACAGAUAAUAUAUGUGACAUUCAGAUUUCACAAGGUUCAGAUGAAUUGGAAAGUGAUGCUGAAAAAAGAGAAUUAUCCGAGGAGGAACUGUAUGCCAGUACUCAUCGUGAUCUUAGUUCAAGUUUAACUUCUGACAAUUUAACUUGUCCCAUAUGCUUCAAAGUUUUCGCACAUCCAUAUAGUUUGCACCACCAUAAACCAGUUCAUCUUGGAAGAACAAAAUGUCGCAUUUGUAAUGCUGUUCUCUCCAGAAAAUAUAAUUUGAAAAUGCACAUGAAAUCUAAACACAAUGAAGAAACUCUUAUUUGAAAGUAGUACUUAACUUGAGAAGAUUGAGUACUUUCACUUAAUGCUAGUUUUGGAAUAAACCUUCUACGAGGAGUGUUCCACCCUUGACCAACGUCAAAAAAUUCUUGUCUUCUUCAUUUUGGAAACAGUAGAUCCUGCCGGAGUUAUUGCGACUAUUACGUUCAUCCUGAAAUACGGUUAGCAGGACCUUCUUACUGAAGGUGCAUUUUUAUUUUUUACAGCGGCAGUGAAAUAAAAAUUUGUUCCAAGUUUUGAUCAAUACAUUAUAAUAAUGAAUACAUUACUAAUUGUUAGUAAUCUUUCUGAAAAUUUUUUUUUGUUUUGUCUAUAUUCCCUUUAAAGAAGAUUUCAAAUAUCUGUAUUAUUGAGGCUUUGAUCCACUUUCAUUGCCACUUUUCCCCGCGUAGAAAAAUACAAUAAUUCGUCAAAUUUGUUUGAUUACUUAUUUUUACAAAGGAUAGUAUAUUUAAUUGAAAAUUCAAAUAUUUUGGCAUACUCGUAUUAAAAAAAUAUGUUUCUACCAAAACAAGUAAAAAAGUCGUCGUUAGACUAAGUUUUUAUAUAAAUAAUAAAUUAUUGUGGUUAAAAGAGAGUUGUCAAUCUCUAGUAAUAUUUUGAUAAAGACCGCAACAGGUCGAAACGUCAAAUUUUUUCUGAUAAUGCCAAAAAUAGCAUUAUUAUUUCAAAUAUUCAAAUUAUAUAUUUACAUUAAUAAAAUCGAGGUAGACAUCUUAGUGUCAUUUUUUUAAAGUGGCUUUACCAAGAGCUCUGUACACGGUCAAAUUACGAUUAUUUAUAUGUCAAAUUUUUUUAUAGAGUGCAAUCUAAUUUGAUGGUGUAUUUCACAAACCUUUUUAAUAGUGGGUGACAGUGUUGGUCAAAUAAGAAACCAGGAAGAACAAAACUGCCAAGAAUGACAAUGGAAAUAGUGGUAACAAUUCUGAAGAAGAAUUUCUUUUGCAAUUUAUCUACGUAUAUCGCGUCACGCUGAUUCUAUGGAGAAUAAAAUCAAACAACUACAAAGUAUCUUGUUGGAAUAUCACCUAAAACUUUCAGUCACGAAACUAAUAAAGUGAGAAAAUCGAUGCUUUCUGGUUCUAAGUGUAUGUACCUUCAUUAUGGUAGUACAAAGAAUUUGAAUUUUUGCAAGACCAAAUGUAGAAAGGAUAUCAACAAAUCAUUUGGUUCUGUGUGCUCUAUUUCCCGUAACAAAUUUUACUAACUACUCUCUAGAUAAUCAACGACUCCUCUCUAUUCCUCGAUAUAGAGUGCAAGCGUCAAUGCCAAAAACGUUUUACCUGUUUUAAUACUCAUUGUCAAUAACGACAAAAGAUGAUAACAUAAGAAGUUCUUAUCACGGCAAGGAGCAAAUCAAAAUAUUAAAAAGCUGAACAAACUUAUUAGAUUUAUUAGUUUAAUCGUAUGCGCUUUUAUUUGAUGAAAACAUGAAGUUUGACGAACAAAUUCGAGGACCCUUUAAUAUUCCUAACAUAAAAACAUAAUUUUUCCAACCAGGUCAUUUAUUAUCCAUAAUAGGAUUUAAUAUAUACUAUAUUUACAUUCCCUUUUUUUCAUCUUUUUGAUAAUAGACGUACCUAAUGGACACUACCAUGUCGGUUUUACCAUAGAAGUGGUUUGGAGUCUAUCUAUGGUGGGAAUGCUGGCAUGGAUUGUCAAUAGUAUGUCUAUUAUACAAGGCUGUCAAAUAUUGUGUACAAUAAUUUCUAAAGCAGAUAAUUGGUCCAAAAGUAUUGGUACUUUUUCAUGUACACAUUUUAGAUGCUUACAUGUUGUUGGAAUUAUGGAAUUUUGACUUUCUCAAGUAUUUUGUGCGUAAUAUUAUUUGGUAUAUCUUGCGACAAGUAAUUCUGUUUAGUUGGUUGAGACUAACUGCAAUACAGCACUUUGAUGCUUCAUAAUCACAUCUAAUCGAACGUGAAGUAAAAAGACGGCAAAUGUUUUCAUCCAGUUUUAGAAUAAAUUAUCUAGUAUGUUCAACCAUUUAAUAAGAGUUACGUUUACUUAGCAUGUAUAUGAUUAUAUUUUGUAGUUCCAAAUCUCGGGGAUGUAAUAUCACAAUUUUUCUUUUCUGAUAUAGGUGGACCAUUGAAAAAUAAUAAUUGUCUUAUUUUUUAAAAACUAGAUAGUUUAUCAACCUACAUUUCUAUAUAUUUUCACAAUUAUGUUACUUUUGAAAAUGUUACACCUUGAGUCACAUAUUUAUUUCUUCAUAUAAUGUUUAAUGUUAUUGUACUAUAUUAUUAUUACUGUAUUAUUUUAAUAGACUGAUGAGUAAUGUUUUAAAUGUUGAAAACUUAUAUGUAAUAAAGUUAUUUAUAA